AUGAAAAUACAGAUCUUCACCUGUAACAAGAAUGGCACAAGACUGACAGUGGAGUACAAGAUCAAGACAACAGAAAAGUGGUACGAACACCAACCAAAAACUAUCACUGAGAAUGACGAGGUAACUAUCCUAUGGGAUAUGCCCAUCCAAACUGACAGAGAGAUCAAAGCGAACAGACCAGACAUCAUCAUUAAACACAAGACAAAGAAAGAGUGCAUCCUUAUAGACAUGGCCAUACCAUCUGAACACAACACCUCUGUCAAGGUUACGGAAAAGUUAUCAAAGUACAAGGACCUUGAGAUUGAAAUAAAUAGGAUGUGGGGAACAAAGACCACAACAAUACCAGCAGUCAUUGGAGCUUUGGGACUUGUGAAGAAGGGACUGGAGAAAUACACCGACAAAAUCCCAGGAAACAUCAACAUACAAGAAGUCCAGAAGAUAGCCCUCCUAGGAACAGAACACAUAAUAUGGAGGGUGCUAUCAAUCAAGUAG